UUUUUACGCACCAUUCUGUGUUUUCGUGGCACUUGUCCACCAAUUCCAACAUUUUUAGGUCCCAGCAGUAAAAAGAAGCGACACGCAUGUUACUUUACGUCUGAAUGCCUCCAAAGAAGCUGCUGGCCAGUAUGUCUGUCAAGCAGACAACGGUAUUGGUUUCCCAGGAGAAGGAACUGCUUACCUUUUGGUUAACACUGCUCCGAAGAUACUGUCGUUGCCUUUUCUCUCUAGAGCCGCUGGACCACUUGGAGGACGAGCUCGGGUUAGGUGCAGAGCACAUGCUGUACCCGAUGCCGAUUUUGUUUGGGACCGAGCUGGAGAGAUCAUACAAGGAAAUAACACCAAAUAUGGAAUGUCUACCAUACAGCUGGAUUAUUCAACAUUUGAGAUUGGACCGCCCUCUCCUCCGGAUGCACCACUUGAUAUCCAUGUCACAAACACAACAUCAAAUACCAUUUCUAUUUCGUGGACACCAGGAUUUGAUGGAGGUUUCGAGCAGACGUUUGAAAAUCUCCGAUUGUCCGGUUUGGCUCCAUCUUCUGUUUAUCUAUUCCAACUGCGUUCGAUCAACACUAGAGGGUUUUCGUCCGAGUUAACACGACCUCCAGCUGCCUUUGCUACUUUGAGCGAAGACGGUUCGACAGUGGCGGUUAUUGCUGGGAAGAAAGAGUCAAUACCUCGGCCAAUAAUAAUGCUCCUUGCUAUUGGCGGUACGCUUUUACUGCUGUUUAACUGCCUUCUUCUUUGUUAUUUGCAACGACGGAACAAGAAGAAGAAGAUUCAGGAAAAAACUGAAAUGGUGCGAACAGCGAUAAAUGGUGAAGGAGUAAGGCCAGUACAAAUGUAUGGAACAAUGCUGCAGGUAGAGAUAUUUGUACAUCACGUCCAAACCAUAUGUCUGCCAUUUGUUUGA